AUGAAUCAUUAUCAACAACAAGCCUUACCUUUCAAGGGCAACUUUUAUGCAACAGCUUUUCCAUACUGGGACAUAAUGUUUAUUCAAAAUGGAACAUCACAAGGGUUGUAUUAUAGUAUUAAUGGCGAGGCACCUAAUCGAACAAUUGCUUUUGAAUACUACACAACUGUUUCUAAAUUAGAGCAGCAGAACUGUCAUUUUCAAGUAUUUCACUUUGAAGCAAAUCCAGGCACUCUUCAGUUCAUUUAUCUGGCUGUACCGGAUGGUGCCAAAGGUGCUGUUGUUGGUAUACAAGGUUCAAACACAGGUCCAUUUAUCCAAUAUUCUUUUCAAGAGCCAUACGCUGUGCUACCAAAUAUGUCUAUUACAUUCGAUACAAAAAACAAUAACUACACUGCAGUUCUCUUAUGUGGAUCAAAAACAUGUACAAUGAAUGAAGCAUGUGUUCAAAACAUGUGUAUUCAACGAGGUCGUUUGAGUUUCACCGCUCAUUGGACUCGUUCAAAUGGUCGAGGUUACAUUAUUGUUCGUACACCACUUAACCAUACUAUCUAUUUUGGUAGUUCUCGUAAUAAAUCAUCUGUUGAUCAAGGUCAACAUGAACAAGUUGGUAAUGGAAAUCAAGUUGAUAACAUUUAUUGGCCAUCAAACAGAAUGCCACCAAAGGGAUCGUAUAAGAUUUGUUUUAGUACAGGUAGUCUAUUGAAUGGCACUGAUAAAUCACCAAUAACAGUAACAAUAGAAAUACGUCGUUUUCGACAAGCAAUGGAAACAAUGAGUCGAACAUUUAAUAGAUCAACGACGAAGUUGAAUGAAUGUUUAGAUACAAGUGAUACAUUUAUUGAUUCUUUCGUGCCACGAUGGUCAACUGUUAAUAGCAUGAAAACUGCUCGAAAACAACCUAUAGCAUCCAGACUAUUGACCGGUCAAGUGUUAGUGGUUGGUGGAACUGAAGGAAAUUAUGGAAUCAAUAAUACUGAAUUAUACGAUCCAUUAUCAGGAAACUGGACAAGUGUUACUGAUAUGAAUAGUGCUCGACAAUAUCAUACAACAUCUGUAUUAUCGAAUGGCACAGUACUAGUGAUUGGAGGCGCUACUGUAUAUUAUGAAGUUAUGAAUAGUACUGAACUAUAUGAUUCAUUAUCAAAAAAAUGGACAAAUGUUGCUAAUAUGACUGCUUCUCGAAAGUAUCAUACAGCAUCUGUGUUAACAGAUGGUAAAGUCUUGGUAGUUGGUGGAAGAAGUAGGACUGGUCUGUUAAAUACUGCUGAAUUAUAUGAUCCAUUAUCAAACAAUUGGACAGAUGCUGGUAAUAUAAGUUCUCGUCGAGAACAGCACACAGCAUCUCUAUUAUCAGACGGUAAAGUGUUAAUAGUUGGUGGCGACAUCGAUUAUUUUACUGCUGGAAAUACUGCUGAGAUAUACGAUCCAUCAUCAAGAAAAUGGACAAAUGUUGGCAAUAUGUCUAGUGCUCGAACGGAUCAUACAGCAUCUGUUUUAUUAGACGGCAAAGUCUUAGUGGCAGGUGGACAAGAUGGAUCUGUAACACAUAAUACUGCUGAAUUAUAUGAUCCAUUAUCAAGAAAAUGGACAAAUGUUGCUAAUAUGACGACCUCUCGAAUGUCUCAUACAGCAACUGUAUUAUCAGAUGGCAAAGUCUUAGUAGUUGGCGGAAGAAACAAAGCUGGUGGAUUAGAUACUGCUGAAUUGUAUGAUCCAUCAUACAGAAGUUGGACGCCCGCUGCACGCAUGACAUAUUCACGAAGUGAGGCUGCCGUGGUUACAUUAUUGGAUGGAAAUUUAUUAGUGAUAGGCGGCUCUUAUAGAAAUCCUCUGAAGAGUGUCGAAUUGUAUUAUCCAUGA